AUGUCAACCGAUCAUGAGUUCCCCUGGGAUAUCGGCAUCCACGAUGCUCAUUGCCACCCCACCGACACAAUGGCCUCGACCGCCAUGAUUCCACACAUGAAGGCCCACUCACUGACCGUCAUGGCCACACGAGCAGAAGACCAAGACCUGGUGCAUCAAAUAACCCAAUCUAUCAAUAAACAACACGAAUCAUCCGAGGUAGCAGACCGAAUAAUUCCAUGUUUUGGAUGGCAUCCAUGGUUCUCGCACCAGAUCCUAGAUGACACCCAAACGACAAAUAUAAACUCGCAAGAGCUAUCUUCAGAGCAGAAAGAAGCCCAUUAUACAGCAGUCCUGACACCAUCGCCAGCCGAGGAUCCAGAAUUUUUGAAAUUCUUACCAACUCCAAAGCCCCUUUCUGAGCUUAUCACCGAGACGAGGGAGAGACUGGAAUCGUUUCCCUAUGCCCUCGUUGGGGAAAUAGGUCUGGACAAAUCGUUUCGGCUCCCCAGUCCCUGGACAACAGAGGGACUAGACAAUCGCGAUGACCAGCUCACGCCUGGAUCUCGAGAGAACCGACGACUCUCCCCGUAUAAGGUGAAAAUGGAGCAUCAGAAAACAGUGCUGAAAUCCCAGCUCCGGCUUGCCGGGGAGAUGCAGCGUGCGGUCUCGGUGCACAGUGUACAAGCACACGGAGCCGUGUUUGAUACAUUGAAAGGUCUAUGGGCCGGACAUGAAAAGGUGCUCAUGUCACGACGGGAUCGAGAGAGACGUCGGGAUGCGGAGGGGGCUCUCUCGGGAGAUGAGGAUGCCGAAGAUAUGCAUGAGUCCUCGCCACUGCCGUUUCCUCCGCGCAUUUGUAUGCAUUCUUACUCUGGGCCCGUUGAGCAACUCCGGCAGUUUUUGAACAAGACGAAUCCAUCUGAUGUUUACUUCUCUUUCUCGUGCCUGAUUAACUUCUCUGGGCCAGGGACUGGGAAGGUUGUUGAUGUGGUCAAGAUGCUGCCGGAGGACCGUAUUCUGAUUGAGAGUGAUCUCCACACUGCUGGGCCGUCAAUGGACGAUUUACUGGAGCAGGUGGCUCGUCAGGUAUGUGAGGUCCGGGGCUGGGAGUUGCGGAGGGGUGUACAACAGCUCGCGGAUAAUUGGAAGCGGUUCGUAUUUGGCUGA